GGUUAGUCGCUCAAUCUUGUGGUAUAGUCAGCUGAUAUUACGCGCACGGAGACUGCCGGCAUCGUAUGCGUGUAUAUAGUACACUAUAUUAUUACAGUGCCAGAACCAGUGCCAGUCGUAAAGCAGCUUCGUCGACGCCUGCACGCUGCCGUCGCCUGUUCUCUGAAAAAUAUACUCGAUUCUAAAUAAAAAAGAUGCGUCUAGUGAUCUGUGAUGACUCUGCUAAUGUGGCGGAGUGGUCUGCAAAAUAUGUUUUGAAAAGGAUACAUGAUUUCAAACCAAAUGAGAACAAAUACUUUGUUCUGGGACUGCCAACUGGUGGAACUCCUCUUGGCAUGUACAAAAAACUCAUAGAAUACUACAAGGCUGGAAAGAUAUCAUUCAAAUAUGUUAAAACUUUUAACAUGGAUGAAUACGUUGAUUUACCAAGAGAUCAUCCUGAAUCAUAUCAUUAUUACAUGUAUAAUAAUUUUUUCAAACAUAUAGACAUUGACCCUGAAAAUGUUCACAUACUUGAUGGAAAUGCGAAAGAUCUAGAGCAUGAAUGCAAUGAGUUUGAAAGAAAAAUGAAAGAAGCUGGAGGAGUUGAACUCUUUAUUGGAGGCAUUGGCCCCGAUGGCCACAUAGCAUUUAAUGAACCUGGCUCAUCACUUGCAUCAAGGACCAGAGUCAAAACUUUGGCACAAGAUACUUUGGAGGCAAAUGCGAGGUUCUUUGGAAAUGAUGUUAACAAAGUACCCAAGCAAGCACUGACUGUCGGCGUUGGUACUGUAAUGGACGCUAAAGAGGUCAUGAUCUUGAUCACUGGCUCCCACAAGGCCUUUGCUCUUUAUAAGGCUAUAGAAGAAGGAAUUAAUCACAUGUGGACUGUUUCUGCAUUCCAACAGCAUCCUCGUACAUUAAUUAUUUGCGAUGAAGAUGCUACACUAGAGCUUCGCGUCAAAACUGUGAAAUACUUUAAGGCUCUCAGUGCCGUUCAUCAUAAGUUGAUCGAAGAGGACGGAGAAGCAUUUCCACGUCGUCCUCAAAAUAACGCGUGAUCUGGUAUAGUGUGAUUAAGAAGUUUGUCCGACGUUCACAGAAAACUUGUGGAGCAGGCAAAGGACUAUUACGAUUAGAACGUCGAGUUCUAUUGAUUCUGCAAUGAAAAAAUUAUAUUUAUACAUAAUUAUUUUAACUCAUUAUUUUAACGUUGUUAAAUGUUGACUGCCAAUUUAAGCGCAUUUUAUCGGACUUGCAAUAAUUUGCAAUAUUUUCUUACUGUCUAUGUAUACACUGACGAUGUGAACUUUUGAAAAAAAAAAAAUAUAUAUAUAUAUUUAUAUAUACAUGAAUUUUAA